AUGGCUCCGACCACGAGCUUGCUGGCCGAUGCUACCGACCUCUUUCUGAGGUCUCGCGACGAUGGCGGCUCAGACUUGAACGUUUUGCAAAGUAACAAGGGCCAGCCACUGGCUGGUACCAUCUUCAACGUCGCCCUCGCCUUGGUAUCCGCCUCUGUUUUAUCGACGCUAUUCGCAAUGAGGGCAAACGCCAUCAAGACUUGGAAGAGACUCCCAUAUGUUGUCGGAAUCCUCUUCUUCAUUUACGUCGACUCGUAUAUGUUCGUCUUGAGCUCGGCCAUCAUACAAUAUGGUAUAGGCAUCAAUGUGAACCUAGCUGCUUGCGAUGCCGCUAUCAUCAUCUGCCUCACCUUUUACGUCACGACCAAGGCCGUGUAUCUUUUUCUGGUUGAGAAAGCAUAUAUUAUAUGUGGAAGCAGAAAAGGACGCUUGCAAUCCAAGCUUUACCUCUUCAACUCCUUCGUCAUGAUGGGCAUAUACGUGGUGGUGGUUGUGCUCAACUUUGUCUUUCGAAUCAACCGCUUAGAGGAUGGAACUUGCGUAAUCGGCAUGAAGAAGAUCGCAAUGAUACCACUAAUAGCAUUCGAUGCUCUCGUCAACGUCUACCUCACCUUCCUUUUCCUAGUUCCGCUGAUGAGAUUAUACUCGUUUCGAAACCCUUUAAGCAAGCCAGACAUGUAUCGACCGACCAUGAAACUGCGGACGGUUGCCAUGCGGACCUUUAUCGGCGCCUGCUGUACACUGGCAAGUAGUAUUGUUAAUUUGACUGUCCUCAUGGUGCUCAACGGUGAGCCGGGAUGGGUUUGUCUGAUGUGCUGCAAUAGCGACAUCCUUUUCUCGGCAUUGGUUCUAUAUUGGAUAACUUCAAAAGAUAAUAUCGCCUCCAACUCGAGUUCCAGGGACAUAGUGAGAAACGACUCGCACCCACUGUCCGGUCCGGAGCGCAGGAGCAACAACAACAAUAAUAAUAAUAGUGGAGGCGGCAGCCACAACGUCAGCGGAAGAUCCCAGGGCGGCGGCAGUUGCGUCCGUGGCUCGCGCCGCGACAGCGCCGACAGCAGAGCCGCCUACGUCAGGCAAGAGAAUAGCGACUAUCCAUCGUGCGCCGUCAGCACGGCCGCCCCGGCGGUUGGGCUGCCCUCCACGAUGACAUCGCACUGUGGCAAGGACAUGGUUUUGCUGCUGCCGCCACACACCCGGCCACAACAGCAAGACCAACAGCAGCAGCAGCAGCAUCAACAAGAACAAGAUCAACAAGAUCAACAGGAGCAGCAGCGGUCGCCUGGAACCGGGGGUAGCACCGAGAAGCUGCACAGGAACGACAGGUGCGGGAGCGUGUCGACCUUGGGAGUCUGCGAUAAGGUGGACAGUUGCGUGGCGCACGACGAUGAUAUCAGUCCGAGCUCCGCAGGUCGAGGAGAGACCGGGUACGAGUCGACUUCUGGCGGAGGAAUCUGGGCCAACCAUGCCAAUGAUGAUGGUGUGGAUCCUUGGAGCAAGAGGCCCGGUGGUGGUACAGGAUCUAACAAUCCACGAGAUGCUUGCUGA